UGCCAGGGCACCUGAUGUUGUGGGUCGGGAUGGUGAGGGAAGGGAAGGAGGGGGCGGGGCAUAAGCAAAAGCUGGGGUAGGCCAAGGGCUUGAAACAGCAGCAGCAGCAGCAGCUUGGCACCAAAGGUAGCAUGAGACAGUGGCUGGCAGGCGCGGUAGUGUGCGGGUGUGUGAGAGCGUGUUGUGCUGGCGGCCCAAGUGAACUAUAAUCCACUCACUACCGGGUCUUGUGAGGGGGAAAUUCUCACGCCAAGGCCUAUGUGAUAUUUUUCCUUUAGUCCCGGAGCAGGGCUAGUGCUUAAGGAAAAUGUACAAGCGAUAAUGGAAAAAGUUGUGUGUUAUCUUGAUGUGAUGAAAGACGUGGCGAAGUGGAUAUAAUCUCGAUCUUAAAAAAAAUAAACAUUUUCUUUUGUUGGAAGAAAUUCGCUGACGCAGGUCGAAUAUAAAUGAUUUCAUGGCAUUGGAAAAAUGUCUAAAAAUGUCUAAAGAUGUCUAGCCAAUGAAAAAGUAAGGAAUACAGUGAUAAUUAUAAUAUACAUAAUGAUAUAUGUUUAUGAUUGUAAAUAACAAUCUCGCGCAGUUUCGCACCGUCAGUGUGUCAACAAACCAGUAGCCUUGGAUUACUCAAGCCUGCCUCGUGCCUCCGUGCAAAGUGGAAGGUAACUGUAUUGUUGAAUGAAAGUGAUGCUUCCUAGAAAACAUGAAGUGGACGUAGAGAACUGAAAAAAAAAACAAUUUCACAACAUAAUGAAAACUUCUUUCGUAAAUACAGUUGGGUGAAAGACGAAAAAAGUGAUAAAAAGAAGAAAGAAAAAAAGAGAAGCAUUGGCAGAAUCGAAUUCAGAUCGCCUCUGACGCGCCAGAAAAACAAAUUCGCAGCAAGAUGCGCGAGGAAGGCGGGCAAUGUGAUAGCUGUGGUUACUACCUCAAGAAUAUAGUCAAAUUCCUCAUCAGCCACAUAGGCCUCGUCUCGCUGGUCAUAGGCUACACCAUCGUGGGAGCCUUCACCUUCGAGAGACUCGAGGCCGAGCAUGAACUCCAAAUCAAGAAGAACAUGUCGUCCGUGAGACUCAAGGUGACGGACGACCUGUGGGUCAUCACGGACGACAUGAAGGUCCUGAACGAGAGCAUGUGGGCGGCGUCGGUGCGGGAGCGCCUCAAGCUGUUCGAGCGCUCCCUCAUCAGCGCCAUCAAGAACGACGGCUGGGACGGCUCCGAGGACCUCAAUACGCAGCAGUGGACCUUCGCCGGCGCCCUCUUCUACUCCAUCAUCCUCAUCACCACCAUCGGUUACGGGCACAUCGCGCCCAAGACCGACUGGGGGAAGGUGAUCACCAUCUUCUACGCCAUCCCCGGGGUGCCCCUCAUGAUGCUGUGCCUGGCCAACAUCGGAGACGGCAUGGCGCACUCCUUCAGGUUCCUCUACUGGAAGGUCUGCUGCUACGCGUGCACCAAGAAGCCCAAGAAGAAGAGAAGAGCGAGAUCGAUGCGCGGCUCCCGGAGGUACCCGAGCCAGCAGGGGAGCCAGAGGGCGCGAGCCUCCUCCUUCAGAAGGUCCAACAGAGCCUCCGAGAAGUCCGCGGAUUCGCACCUCAGUGACUCUGCCUUCUACACGUCCUCUUAUUCGGACCCCGAUUACAAGAUGUACGACGACAUGGUUGAAGCUGACAUGCGAGGGUUGCAGAGCAAUCGCCCUUCGGGGAGAAGCCAGCAGACGAGAGCGUCGCAGAACUCUAAGGGAUCUGACCUCCUCACUCCGCCGCCCAAGGAGGGAGCGCAGGACGACGGGAGACUCGCAGUGCUGUUCAACAAGUACGCGCUGGAGCAGGAAGGCCUGCCGCCCGAGAAUGACCAGAGAUCUCCGGACCGAGAGGACGCCGCCGAAACGAGGCCGGACCGAGACGGCAAGGCAAGGCGCAGCCGACGCGACGACGCAGAGCUCCCAGUGACGCACCAGCCGCGCAGCCAGCGAGCGCCCCCGCCCGCCGCCGAGGCCCAGGGCUACUUGGACUCCCCCCCGCUGCCCAGGUCGCCCCGCCACUCUGACAGGUACUCUCGCCACAUGCCUCCUCAGCAUGACCCCAGGAGUCGUCUCUCCCGUUUAGAUGAAGAGUACUACUACGACGACGACUACGACGACGAUUAUGACGACGAGGAGGAAGACGAAAUGGGCGGCGACAAACCGGUGCCCAUCUGGCUCGGGGUGAUGCUGGUCUUCGCCUACAUCCUGGCGGGCGCCUUCCUCUUCGCCGGCUGGGAGGGCUGGGGCUUCCUCGACUCCGUCUACUUCUGCUUCAUCACUCUGACGACGAUAGGUUUCGGAGACUUCGUACCGGCGCAGGACCUGAAGGUGGACGUCGAGCUGAGCAUCGCCCUGUGCUCCAUCUACCUGCUGUUCGGCAUCGCCCUCUUGGCCAUGAGCUUCAACCUCGUGCAAGAAGAAGUCAUAAGCAAGGUCAAGAACAUGGCCAGAAGACUCGGUAUUCUCAAAGACGAAGGAGAGGAAGACGACGAUGACUAACGGGAUCGAAAGAGAAUGUACUCACGUCCUUAGUCACAGGAUGCACACUGUGGACUCACUCACGGACACCCCAGAGACACGCUUGACGACUAUGUCAUUAGCAUAAUGAAGACCAACAAAGUAAUCGAAUGAGAUUACACUAUUUCCUCUAUAUAUGUUGGCAAAGAAUGCAUAGUUUGUAUGCGGGAUAUAUACUGUAAAAAUAAAGCAGGUUGAUAAAUAAGGUUGUUGCUUAUAAGAAAAUAGUGCAGAUGCAGAGGGGUAUGAUGCUAUGGUUACCAGACAACGAUAUAAUAUUUAUAAUGCAUAAAUUGUUGUUAUGAUUUCCGAUAUCGUCAUAACCACCAUCGUGCCAUGUAUAAACAUGCUGUAUAUUAUGUUUGUUAAAAAUGUUCAUAUAUGUAAUCACUGAAUGUCUUCAAAUAUUACAAAAUAUAAAUAAGUAAAUUGCUGCCGUUACCUUGCCAGUGUGUGUGCUUAAUGCGUAUACAUACAUCAACACAAAUGAUGAAGCGUAAGGUGUGUAUGUGUGUGCAUGACAAUGCCUGGCAAUCGUAUAUUACGGGAGAGUGAGCGAAAGUUUAAUCAAGAGGUGCGAAAGUUAUGCGACGGUUGAGAGAUAGCACUUCAGGCAGCGAAAGAAUCACAUGGUAUGCUGAACAUAAGGUAUGUUGAAAGUACUAGGAAGCUUUGUACAUCACUAACCAACAGGAAUAAUGUACGCCGGGGUGGGGGGCGGGUGAGUAGAGCCAUAUGUAUAUUAAAAGCUUACCCAAGCUCUGAAUAUUAUUAUGUAUAACGGCGGUUGAUAACUGGUGUUAGGAAGAAAUGUUGACGCUGAUACAGUGCUAUUAUGCUGAUACAAGUGUUUUUCCUUGGGGAAACCUACAACUACAAAGUACAAGAUAAUUUUGGUUUAUUGAUGUAUAUAAAUGUAAGCAGGUAAAUGAAUGGCAGUCAAUAUGCCGCUUUGUUGAUAAAACAGCUACACUUACAUGUUUUUACACUCAAAAUAAUGUACUGGACUCUACUGGCAUGAUUUUAACAUUAUCGUCAAAUACUUCAGGCAAUCUACUAUCGGGGCAGUGCCAAAAUUAUGAUAGAUAUAUAGAGAGAGCACGAUCACAAGCGAGAGAAAGAGAGAGAAAGAGAGAGAGAGAGAGAGAGAGAGAGAGAGA